AUGAGCUGUUUGGAUGUUAUGUACCCAGCCUAUGGACAUUACGCACCGUACGCACCGACUGCUCCUGCUUUUAUCAAUAGCUUACAGGCUCCCACAGGUCUAAGCAGCGCUUCUCCUCACUGCCGGAAUUUUAUGGACACUCCCAGGGGUCCUGAGGGGAUGUCUGGGGGCCCGGGCACUGGAGGAUCAACUUCCUCCUCAUCUUCGUCUAGCUCUUCCUCUUCCUCCUACACGCCUGCUGCUUCAAGGCCAGAGGAGGGCCCCAAGGAGAAGCAGGAGGCCCCUGAGGCAGAGUACCUGACUUCUCGCUGUGUCCUCUUCACCUACUACCAGGGGGACAUCAGCAGUGUGGUGGAUGAACACUUCUCCAGGGCCCUCAGCUCCUACAUGGACGGAGAGGGAAAACGGAGGGCGCCAGACCAACAAGGCACAGAUACUCCUUCACCUAGCAGCCGACGAAGCUUCCCCCCAUCCUUCUGGGACAGUAACUACUCCUCACCUCAAAGCCGCUCCCACUGUGAGACGGGAGCACCCUCCUAUUCCAUGGACCCAUACGCAUCAGGGCUACACCCAGGCCUGCCUCAUCCGCACGCUCAUCCUCACCCACACGCUCAUCCUCACUCCCAUCCUCACCCUCCAGAGAGCUGGGGAUACCCCCAGGCCCAGGCCUACGGGCCCCCGAGGCCUCUCCACGAACUGUAUUCACCCUCAGCUUUGGAGCCUCACUAUGGGCCCCUGCUGAUGCCCACGGUGAGGCCACCUCAUAUCCCUACCUUGCCAAGCCACUAUGAAGUGAGCAAGCUGGAACCCACUGCUUCCUGGCCCAGCUUGCUUCCCCCAGGGGACGUCGGCCAGACACUGGCACUCAACAUGGAUGCAGGCCUCCAGCAGCACAAGAAAGGAAAGGAGCUGUACUGGUUCUAACGAGCCCUUCAGUCACAAUGACCAGCCAUUACCAGAUCCAAUUAGUCCCUGGACCUGCUCCGCUACUGAAGCAGCGUGUCCCUUUAUCCCCCCCCACACACUGCAUCCCCAUCUAUC